UUAUUUUUUAGGAUGGGAAAAUUUAGCACAGGGCCUCAAGUGUGUUUGGGCCGGGACUGUGUGUUAUUGCUGCGUUUCGGCCCGGGAGUACCAUUUGGCCGGUACUCACUCUCGGGUGUAGCAUUCAGUACUUGUAUGAAUGUACCGAGUAUGAUUUUAUGUUAACUAACCUUUGAGGCCUUGACCCUCCUUGGCUUCCUACCAUUCAACGAAACCUGUAACUGAAAAAACUACCAGUCUUUAUGGUCAUGGAUUCCAAGAACCCAUCUUUUUCUCUCCUCUUUACACCUCUUUCAUACCCACAAACUCCAUCUUCGUGGAAUCGUCACCUUUUGUCUGCCAAGUGCCAACCACCAACUCGGCCAUCCAAUUCAGUCCCAACACUGAGUCGUGCACUGAGUCAUCAAACCCAUGCUCAGAAGAAAGCUCAAUCUGCCAGACUCACCUCGAAAUGUGUUGUCAGACCGACCCGGAAACUCAGGAUCCGUACCCGGGUACGAAUUGGGUGAGGAGCUUGAAAUGUUGCACCCUCAUGGGUUCGGAUGGACCAAUGAAGGUGAAACUGAACCAGUUGAGGAGGAACGGGAAGAGGUUAAUGUUCGUACUAGGGUUAAUAAAGAUGGGUCGGGUCCCAAUUUGAAGAAUUUUUUGGAGGAGGAUGAAAAAAGGUCUGAUCUUGAGUAUGAGUUAAUUCAAGAGGAGAUAAAUUUGGAGAAGUUGCAAAGAAUAGCUAGUACUGGUAUACCAGACGGUGGCAGUCUUCGAGCAACCACUUGGAAGCUUCUCUUGGGAUAUUUACCUCCUGCCCGAGAUUUGUGGCAGAAGGUGUUGAGCGAGAAUCGUUUGAAAUAUUCAAAGCUCAAAGACGAAUAUCUAUUAAGUCCUUCACGACUUUCUAGUGGAGAAAAGACUCCAAGUUUGGAUGAGCAUGGUGACGGACCACUUAGACGACGUGAUGUAUCUGAUGAAGAUCAUCCCCUUAGCCUCGGUGAAACUAGUGUCUGGCACAAAUAUUUUGAGUUCACAGAGAUCGCAGAGCAAAUUGACCGAGAUCUGCAACGUACACACCCAGAUUUGAAGUUUUUCUCAUCUUCAGGCCAGAAAAAGAAGACUCAGGAAUCAAUGAGGAAUAUACUUCUUUUGUUCGCUAAGCUCAAUCCUACAACUCAUUAUGUGCAAGGGAUGAAUGAGGUUUUGGCACCAAUAUACUAUGUAUUUAGUACUGAUCCUGUCGAGGAAAAUGCUGCCAAUGCUGAAGCUGAUAGUUUCGGUUGCUUUGUUAGACUAAUGAGUGAUUCAGUGGAUCACUUUUGCCAACAGCUGGACAAUAAUAGCUCCGUGGGAAUCCACUCGACUCUAUCUAGACUCCAAGAGAUGCUAAAAGUCAAUGAUGAAGAGCUCUGGCAGCACCUUGAGUUUACAACCAAGGUUAAUCCACAAUUUUAUGCAUUCAGAUGGAUCACAUUGCUAUUGACUCAAGAAUUUGAAUUCAAUACCAUUUUGAGAAUAUGGGAUUCCUUUUUAAGUCAUCCUUCCGGUGUACAGGGGUGGCAGCCUUGGUUUACCUGAUCUGGAAAAGCAGAAAUCAAAGCUUCUGGGAGCAUUCUGUGCCAACAGUGUAUUCUGUAAUGGGGAGUUUGAAGCAAAUUGUGAGAGCUAGGAUUACAGUAGUUAUGAGUCAGAAAGUGAGCAGGAGUGACAGUAGUUGGUUUCUCAGUUUGUAAUCUGAAGUGUAGUUGUGUGUGUAGUUGUGUGUAGCUAGUUUGUUAGCUGCUAGUUGUGUGUUGGCUGCUGUGGCAGUUAGUAGUGUUGUGUUGCCUGCUCAGUUUGAGUAGGCUAGGUUGUAAUGACCUUUGUUUGGUAUUAAUUAUAUUGCUUGCUUACCAAAAAAGAAGGUGAAGAUAGUAAUUUACUUGACAUUA